GAGUGCGAGACCUGUACGGGCAUCUUUUACAGCAGAGACGAUGUCGAGGACCACAUGAACAACUAUGACCACUGGCCGGAAUGCGAGACCUGCCCGCGUACCUUCCGUACUCAACACGCCUGUGAUCAACACAUGGACGACACAGGCCACUGGGCGCCGCGCUUCGAUUGUGAGACUUGUACAAAGGACUUCGGCUCCCAGAAUGCUGCAAACCAGCACAUGACGGCCGUCGGACACUGGGCGCCUAAGGUCUCCUGCGAUACCUGCGCGAGGAAGUUUUUCACCCAGCAGGCGGCGGACCAGCACAUGCGGGACCUAGCGCACUACACGAACUAUUGCAAAGCCUGUGAUAAGAAGUUUCGGAAUGAAAACGAACUGCGGAUGCACCUCAACUCCAAGACUCACCGCGGGAACAACGUCAGAUGCCCCUUUUGCGGGCGGAACUACACCUCCGCCACUGGUGUUGUUCACCACCUUGAGUCCGGCUCGUGCCCCAGCGCGCUGAAACUCAACCGCGAAACCAUCCUCGGCAUGGUCCGCGAACGUGACCCACAUGGUGUCAUCACCAGCAAACAAAUUGAGUCGCACAAGAGCGAGGACAUUAAAUAUACGGCCACCAGAUCUGCAUACAACGGCUCCGCCUGGGAAUGUUAUAUAUGCCACAAGGAGUUCAGAGCGGUAAACGCCUUAAAUAGCCAUCUCAACUCGCCUGCGCACAACGAAAAGGUAUACCAUUGCCCAAAUACAAAGAGCAGGUGUGAGAAGCAGUUUGUCAGCUUAGCUGGCUUCUUUAACCACCUGGAGAGUGAAACCUGUGGCUUUAUGAGGUUUGCGAAGGUGCAGCGCCGAGUUGGAGAUGUGCUUCAAGGACGGAAACUCAUUGCGUUCUCGUAACGUUAGGCCUACCCUGUACUAAGACAGAAUCAGCACGAUGUUCAUUAUACUCUAGCUCGUAUGUGACAUUAUUCUGUACUAGGAUUCUGUAACUGGAUACCAGUAUCUGCUAUUGUUAUGCAGCCCUCAAAUUAAGAAGGGUUGGCCAGGGUUACUGGUAGUUUGUUGACGACCACU